AUGGAUUUAUAUAUUUCUAGAGAAUAUGGGUCAAGAUAUCCUGCAGUAAGAGACCUUGGCAUUGGCGCAACAAAUGCUGGCAAGAAGGUGAUGAAAAGAGGAUGGGUUGAUAGAGAAGAAGUUUUAGUCGCUUUGCUAAAUAUCUUUGAUGAGAUAGUACCUCCUUCAUAUUUGGGAAUAGAUACAGUAAAUUUUGUAGUUGUUGACAAACCUAAAUAUGAUUUGGUUUUAGAAAGUAUCGAAGAACAAGAAAGGGGAAAAAGUCAAUAUCGCUAUAGAAAAAAUCUUUGGAAAUUACUUCUUUCAUUGCAUACAUUUUAUGAAUUAUUAUUUCCUGAAUUUAUUGCAACAGAUUCAGAUGGAGAAGUCAUAUUGACCAAAUUUUUCAAAUGUUUUCAUAUAUAUAUGAAAAGAAAUAUUAAUCUAAGUGAGUAUUAUGAUUCAGAAUACACUAAAACGGAGUCAUCUAACUCUGAGACUAAUUCUUCUGAUCCUGAAACUAGUUCAGAGGAUGAUAUGCCUCAUCUAAUAAUCUAUAGUCAGGCUUUUUAUUCUAAUCCCACAUUAAAUGAAAUUUUUGAAGAUAAGGUCGCUAUGUUCGAAUUUGCUGUUAAAACUCUAUUAGCAAAUUAA